AUGUCUCGAGUGGACCACUCAGCGGGGCAGCUGGCUGGCUGCAAGGCACGGCAAAAGUGGGUCACCCUUGAGGGUGAGACGAGGAAUUGUGGACCCCUUGGUGUGGCGUCUAGUGGAGAGGACAGACAAGACAGCAGCCCAAAGCUUAAGGUUCACCAGGCGAAGCUCCAACAAAGUGGAGUAUUCCACUCCGCAGAUGGAAUGGAACGAAUGGAACCGUGGAAGACACAAAGAGAAUGCACAAAAUCGAACACAGAUCCUCCUGUAUAUGAUGUAAUCUGA